CGGGAUCUGGGCGCUAUGAAAAGUGUCUGCCCAGUCACUUCCGGUUUUUCUUCCCCCAAUCCCUCAGCUGCUGCUGCUGCUCAGGAGGUCAGAUCUGCCACUGAUGGUAAUACCAGCACCACUCCGCCCACCUCUGCUAAGAAGAGAAAGUUAAACAGCAGUAGCAGCAGUAACAGUAGUAACGAGAGAGAAGACUUUGAUUCCGCCUCUUCCUCUCCUCCUUUACAACCCAGGGAUUCGGCAUCCCCUUCAACCUCGUCCUUCUGCCUGGGGGUUUCAGUGGCUGCUUCCAGCCACGUACCGGUACAGAAGAAGCUGCGUUUUGACGACAACCUGGAGUUUGUAGGGUUUGAUGCGAAGAUGGCUGAGGAAUCCUCCUCCUCCUCCUCCUCCUCUUCACCAACUGCUGCAACAUCUCAGCAGCAGCAACUUAAAAAUAAGAGUAUAUUAAUCUCUUCUGUGGCUUCGGUGCAUCACGCAAACGGCCUAGCCAAAUCUACCACCGCCUCUAGCUUUGCUAACAGCAAGCCUGGCUCUGCUAAGAAGUUAGUGAUCAAGAACUUUAAAGAUAAGCCUAAAUUACCAGAAAACUACACAGAUGAAACAUGGCAGAAACUGAAAGAAGCAGUGGAAGCUAUCCAGAAUAGUACUUCGAUUAAGUACAAUUUAGAAGAACUCUAUCAGGCUGUAGAAAACCUCUGUUCUUACAAGAUUUCUGCAAACUUGUACAAACAGCUGAGACAGAUUUGUGAAGAUCACAUCAAAGCACAAAUUCAUCAGUUCAGAGAGGAUUCAUUGGAUAGUGUUCUUUUUCUAAAGAAGAUCGAUAGAUGCUGGCAAAACCAUUGCAGACAAAUGAUCAUGAUCAGGAGCAUUUUUUUGUUUCUGGAUAGAACUUAUGUUCUUCAGAAUUCAAUGCUACCAUCUAUAUGGGACAUGGGACUGGAGUUGUUUAGGGCUCAUAUUAUAAGUGACCAGAAAGUCCAGAAUAAGACAAUUGAUGGCAUUCUUCUCUUGAUUGAGAGAGAAAGGAAUGGUGAAGCUAUUGACAGAAGUUUACUCCGAAGCCUUUUAAGCAUGCUCUCUGAUUUGCAAAUUUAUCAGGAUUCUUUUGAACAACGAUUUUUGGAAGAAACUAACCGGCUCUAUGCAGCCGAAGGCCAAAAAUUAAUGCAGGAAAGAGAGGUUCCUGAAUAUCUUCAUCAUGUUAACAAACGUCUAGAAGAAGAAGCAGACAGACUUAUUACUUACUUAGAUCAGACCACCCAGAAGUCAUUAAUUGCUACUGUAGAAAAACAACUUCUAGGUGAACACUUAACAGCAAUUCUUCAAAAAGGUUUAAAUAACCUCCUUGAUGAAAACCGAAUUCAAGAUUUAUCUCUCCUGUAUCAGCUCUUCAGUAGAGUUCGAGGUGGUGUUCAGGUUCUAUUGCAACAGUGGAUCGAAUACAUUAAGGCAUUUGGCAGCACUAUUGUAAUUAAUCCUGAAAAAGAUAAAACUAUGGUUCAAGAAUUGCUGGAUUUUAAAGAUAAGGUUGACCAUAUAAUUGAUAUCUGUUUUCUGAAGAAUGAAAAAUUUAUCAACGCCAUGAAAGAAGCAUUUGAAACCUUCAUUAACAAAAGACCAAACAAACCUGCUGAACUUAUAGCUAAGUAUGUAGAUUCGAAGCUCCGCGCAGGCAACAAAGAAGCAACAGAUGAAGAACUUGAAAAAAUGUUAGAUAAAAUUAUGAUCAUAUUUAGAUUUAUCUAUGGUAAGGAUGUUUUUGAGGCCUUCUAUAAGAAAGAUUUAGCCAAGCGCCUGUUAGUUGGGAAGAGUGCAUCUGUAGAUGCUGAAAAAUCAAUGCUGUCCAAACUUAAACAUGAAUGUGGAGCUGCUUUCACCAGCAAACUUGAAGGAAUGUUUAAAGACAUGGAACUUUCUAAAGACAUCAUGAUUCAGUUCAAACAGUAUAUGCAGAACCAGAAUGUACCUGGGAAUAUUGAAUUAACUGUGAAUAUCCUGACGAUGGGUUAUUGGCCAACAUACGUGCCUAUGGAAGUCCAUUUACCACCAGAGAUGGUAAAACUUCAGGAAAUUUUCAAGACAUUUUACCUAGGCAAACAUAGUGGCAGGAAACUUCAGUGGCAGUCGACUCUAGGACACUGUGUACUAAAGGCAGAAUUUAAAGAGGGUAAAAAAGAACUCCAGGUCUCUCUCUUUCAAACACUGGUGCUGCUAAUGUUUAAUGAGGGAGAGGAGUUCAGUUUAGAAGAGAUCAAGCAGGCUACCGGAAUAGAGGAUGGAGAAUUACGGAGAACACUGCAGUCGUUGGCCUGUGGCAAAGCUAGAGUUCUGGCGAAAAAUCCAAAGGGCAAAGAUAUCGAAGAUGGUGACAAAUUCAUUUGUAAUGAUGAUUUCAAACACAAACUUUUCAGGAUAAAGAUCAAUCAAAUUCAGAUGAAAGAAACGGUUGAGGAACAAGCAAGCACUACAGAAAGAGUAUUUCAAGACAGACAGUAUCAAAUUGAUGCUGCAAUUGUUCGAAUUAUGAAGAUGAGAAAGACACUUAGCCACAAUCUCCUUGUUUCAGAAGUGUACAACCAGUUGAAAUUUCCAGUAAAGCCUGCUGACCUUAAGAAGAGAAUAGAAUCGUUAAUUGACCGGGACUACAUGGAAAGAGAUAAAGAAAAUCCCAACCAGUACAACUACAUUGCGUAAAAUGUUGGCCUUGGAGCAUUGAUGUAAUAAGCAGUAGCCAGUGGAUAAACUAACCUGUUGAUCCUCUAUUGUCUGACUUCUUUUAUACUACCGAUGACCAAAUGAAGCAGUGUAAUGGAAAUAGUUGAGUGGACUUUUCCAGUGGUUAACAUGCCCAUUUAAAGAGUAAUACUUACCUUUAAGAAGAAUGUUGUUGAACUCUUUGCAUGUUAUUUAGUAUGAUGUGCAGAAAACUCUUAAGAAAGUACCUGGUCUUCAUGAUUCCUCGUUGGAACUGGGGAAGAGGUCCCUAUGGCUAUUAAAAAAGGAGGGGGGAUUCUUAUACACCAUUAAUUAUGAAGCAAAAGGUUUAUUUGCUUAAAAUGUCAUUUAAAGAUACUUAAACUGCAUGCAAACUUUAUUUACUGUACAGAGUUCUGGAUGUAUUUAUCAAAUAGAAAAACCACCCUGGACUUGGUUGUUCACUUGUUUUGUGAUUUCCCUUGAAAAGAAAAAUAAGUUGUGAUAGCUAUUGAUAUUUUACUAAGUAAUGUUCUGUUACACUGAAAGGGAUCUUUUAAAAAAACUUAUUUGGAAACAAGUUUUCAAGUAGAGGGACAGUUGCUUACAUAAUCUCUUAUAUAUACACAUCCUAAAAUUUUCCAUUUAUGACUCUGGGAUGUGUAUAUGGCUUAGCCCUGAGUUUACCGUGCUGAUUAACAGGUACUUAUAAAAAUAGCUGAAAUAGAAAAUUGCUGAUCAGUUGUACUAGAAGAACAUGGUAGGAGAGAAAAAUCCAACUUUCUUCAUAUUAAAAAUGAAUACAAUACGAACAUCGCAAAAGAGACCAAAACCGACGUUUUGUAAAUUUUUACAGGAACAAAAGUUCAUCAAUUAGUUUUCAACUUCCUUUAAUGUUGUUUGCACAGUUUUGUCUUUAACUUGGACCAAUUGUAGAUUGUUACAGGCGUCCUAGGAUUUAGCAUUCCUAUUUUCUCUACCAAAGUUUAUUUUGGAAGCACCCCAACUCUUUUUGUUGGUGAAUGAGCCUUUCCUGUUGAGAUGUAAAAGUCCUUCCUGGUUUUCCCCACACACCCCCUAGCUGGGAAUUUUGAAUUCUGUUUCAUGCUGAUCUCAUUCCUUUCAAAAUUGCUUGAAGACAAGAGUUCUCAUAGCCACUGGACACCUGCUUUUUAGGGGAGUGUCCUAGAAUUGUUCAUACAUAGAAAAUAGCAAAAGUUUUUUUCUUCAAAUUGAUAAUGUGAGUAAAAGGAUUCUCUUUACCAUCACUGGUUUUUUAGUUUUGUGUGGCUUUUUGUUUUUUGAGGGUUUUUUUUGCUUCCUUGUUUGUUUUUCUUUGAAGCUCUGAAGGGAAUUGAUCUAGGAGGAGAAGCAGAAAAUUUUGUUUUGAUUUUGUUAAAAAUAAGAACAGCUUUAAGGUUUAUUUUUUUCCCCAAAGCCCCAGUAGAUAGUUGUAUGUCACAGUUGCACAUCCUUCUAGUUGCUGUAUGUGGGAUGCGGCUUCAGCAUGGCCGGAGAAGCAGUGUGUCGGUGCGCGCCGGGCAUCUGAAGCUGGGCCGCCAGCAGCAGAGCGCGCGCACCUAACCGCCAAGCCAUGGGGCCAGCAGAACAGCUUUAAUACUUUUUGCAACAGUAUAUUUCUUUGACUAUUUGGAGCCAUUAGAAAGAAUACUUAAGUCCUAACCGUCAGCUGAGGAGACUUUGGCUCUUGUGUCUGCUGUCAGUUGUUUUCUUGAAUUCUCAAAGACCUGUGACCAGUUAUUAAAACAAGUUGCCUGUUUCUCUCUUAAUUGCAUCAACUUGCACACUGUUGUUUAACAAUAUGUGGUAUUUAGAAUGCCUUCCUAAUUCUUUUUGAGCAGCCGUUGCCUAUAUUUUCUCAACUCCUCCCUGGUUUCCUUACAUGAGCUCAUCUGACAAGAAAAUGCAGCUAUCGUUUGCUGUCUCUCUGUACUGGACCAUUGACUUCAAUGUUCUAACUCAUCCCUGAUGGUCUCUGAGAUACGUAGACUGUUCUAUAAGGCUUGAUAGUUACACUCAAGGAAUUUUUAGGUAGAAUCGGUCCUGUUAUGAGGAGACUCUUGGUGUUACCUUUGUUAUCUUGAAAGCUGGUCCCUUCCCUGAGGCUCUUAAUUUUUUGAAAACUUGAUGCUGUUUCAGCUGAAGAAUUGGCAAGACUAUUAAAAGAAGUUGAGGGGAGCUGUUUAAGAAAUUGACAAGUCAUUGCAAACAACAUUGGAUAAUUGUGAUUUUUAGUUCUUGUUCUGUAUCAGUUGAAUUUUUGUGCUCUUUUCCCUGUGUACGUGGUGGUUCUAUUUUUCUCCAAUAAAACUUUUAUUUAAAAAAAG